AUGACGACCCCGAAGUCCUCGAAGAGUGAGAUGCCGAACAGCGUCCGAGUGGAUUGGAAUGACGUGGGCCUGGUGGCAACAAUGAAAGGUGUGGAGGACAAACACAUUUUGAGGAAAGUGAGCGGCUUUGCGGUGCCUGGUGAGCUGUUGGCGAUCAUGGGCCCAUCGGGCGCGGGGAAAACUUCCUUGUUGAAUUGCCUGGCCGUUCGCACCGCUCCAACGUCGGGCGAACUCACCUUCAACGCGACGUGCCCAUACUCACAGUCGUUGAAGGGAAGAGUCGCAUAUGUUCACCAGCAAGAAAUGUUGCUGGAGAGCUACACCCCAAGGGAGCAUUUGCUGUUCCAAAGCACAUUGCGGAUGCCACGGGACGUCACCAAAGCGCAGAGGGAACAGCGUGUUGAUGCUUCGAUUAAAAUGUGUCUCACCUGCAAUGCGCUCCGCAACCUAAUAGCCGUGGCCUCCAAACUAAUUGCGAUGGCCUCCAUCCUACUUGUGACGGCCUCCAACCUAAUUAGAAGGGAUGGCCUUCAACCUGAGCGAAAACGAAAAUGUUGA